CGCCCGAUCGCUUCUGGUCCCUUCUUCCCUGUCCCGCCCAUUUCUCCGACGUUUCGGUGGCUCCCUCGGUCGCUGGGGCAGGUGGUUACCAAUAAAGUUUUACUGUUUCAGAGUCGGGCGGACGGGGCCGUGCCCAUUCUCCGUCCCCUUGCUCGUUGCCCGCAGUGCGUCUCGGCUACAGGUAACGAGCUUUAGGGCGUCAUGGCCAGGGGCCGCCGCGGCCGGGCGGGGAUGAGGCCGCCUUUCGCUGCUCGCGCGCUCCCGUGGCCCCUGGGCCCGCCGGCGUCCGCCUCAGCCUGAGCGCUGUCCCUCCGCGCCCAGGAACUCCUCGCGCCAGACCCCAUGGCCUCCGAGGCGCCGUCGCCUUCGUUGUCGCCGUCGCCGCCUCCCUCCCCCGAGCCUGAGCUGGCCCAGCUGAGGCGGAAGGUGGAGAAGUUAGAACGCGAGCUGCGGAGCUGCAAGCGGCAAGUGAGGGAGAUCGAGAAGCUGCUGCAUCACACGGAGCGGCUGUACCAGAGCGCCGAGAGCAACAACCAGGAGCUCCGCACCCAGGUAGAAGAGCUCAGUAAAAUACUCCAUUGUGGGAGAAACGAAGAUAAUAAAAAGUCUGAUGUAGAGGUACAAACAGAGAACCACCCUCCUUGGUCAAUCUCAGAUUAUUAUUAUCAGACAUACUACAAUGAUAGUAAUCUUCCAGAUAAAGCAUCUGAACCCUCAGUUCAGGAAGAUCAGGAUAUCGAAGCUUCUACUUUUAAUUCUAAAUACCAGACACCCAUAGAAAAUGAUGCUUAUGCUGGUACUGAUGUAACAGAAAGUGCUAAUUGUGGACAAGAGGACCAUUUUGCCUCAAAUUCACAGGAGCCAGCAUCUGCGUUAGCCACGGAAGAUACGUCCUUAGAAGGUUCAUCACUAGCUGAAAGCUUGAGAGCUGCAGCAGAAGCUGCUGUAUCACAGACUGGAUUUAGUUAUGAUGAGAAUACUGGAUUGUAUUUUGAUCACAGCACUGGAUUCUAUUAUGAUUCUGAAAAUCAACUAUAUUAUGAUCCUUCGACUGGAAUUUAUUAUUACUGUGAUGUGGAAAGUGGUCGAUAUCAAUUUCAUUCUCGAGUAGAUUUGCAACCUUAUCAGACUUCUGUUACAAAACAAAGUAAAGAUAAAAAAUUGAAGAAGAAAAGAAAAGAUCCAGAUUCUUCUACAACAAAUGAGGAAAAGAAUUUGAAUUCAGAAGAUCAAAAAACAUCCAGUAUUGAACAUAUAAGCUGCAGUGAGGGAGAAGAUUUUGCAAAUGUGAAAAAGAAGGCCAAAAUAGACAUGCAUUACAAAAAUAGUCCCCCCAAAUAUACAGUUAGUGCAAAGACUAUAGAAUCUCCUCUUAAUGAAAACAUGCAUAAUUCGACUUCAUUUAAAGAUGAGAAAAUCAUAGAGACUGAUAGUGAGCCUGAAGAAGGUGAAAUUACAGACUCUCAGACUGAGGACAGUUAUGAUGAAGACAUUUCCAGUGAAGACAAUGUAACUGAAGAAGACACUGAAGAGGAAGAUGAAGAAAAAAUUUGGCCCCCAUGUAUUAGAGUAAUUGUAAUUAGAUCACCUGUGUUGCAGACAGGAUCACUUUUUAUCAUUACAGCUGUAAAUCCUGCUACAAUUGGAAGAGAAAAAGAUAUGGAGCAUACUCUCCGAAUCCCUGAAGUUGGUGUCAGUAAGUUUCAUGCAGAAAUUUAUUUUGACCAUGACUUACAAAGUUAUGUCCUUGUGGAUCAAGGCAGUCAGAACGGUACAAUUGUUAAUGGAAAACAGAUUCUUCAGCCCAAAACUAAAUGUGACCCUUAUGUACUCGAGCAUGGAGAUGAAGUGAAAAUCGGAGAGACUGUGUUGUCCUUUCACAUUCACCCUGGCAGUGAUACCUGUGAUGGCUGUGAACCAGGGCAGGUUAGAGCUCACCUUCGUCUUGAUAAGAAAGAUGAACCUUUUGUUGGUCCAGCACUAAGUAAGGAAGAAAAAGAGUUGGAAAGGAGAAAAGAAUUAAAGAAAAUACGAGUAAAAUAUGGUUUGCAGAAUACAGACUACGAAGAUGAAAAGGCGUUAAAGAAUCCAAAGUAUAAAGAUAGAGCUGGAAAACGUAGGGAGCAGAUUGGAAGUGAAGGAACUUUCCAAAGAGAUGAUGCUCCUGCAUCUGUUCAUUCUGAAAUUACUGAUAGCAAUAAAGGUCGCAAGAUGUUGGAGAAGAUGGGUUGGAAAAAAGGAGAGGGCCUAGGGAAGGACGGUGGAGGAAUGAAAACUCCGAUCCAGCUUCAACUUCGGCGAACACAUGCAGGCUUGGGGACAGGCAAGCCAUCUUCGAUUGAAGAUAUUCACCUUCUCCAAAACAAGAGCAAAAAGAACUGGGAGAAAGCACGAGAGAGGUUUGCUGAAAACUUCCUUGAAACUAAAUCUCAAAAAGAUGUACCAGGGACUGUGCCUUGGGUUAAAGGGACUGUAGAGUGAAGGUCAGUCAUAGAACACAAUUAAGUCUUUUUAUAAAGUUUGGAAACUUGUUUAAUUGCAGAAAUUUUCUCUCCAAAAGAGUCAGUGGCAUGAGGGAACAGUAUCACAAUUUACCCCCUCAUGAUUCAGAAAUGUGUAAUAAUGUGUGGUUUGCAGCUUUUAAAAAACAUUUUUAAAAACUAAUAAAUAGUGACUGAGUCAAGUUAUGCUGUGAGUGGACUAAAGUUCACAGGGCCCAGAUGAGCUUAUCAGUCUUUGUUAUUUUAUUUUGUCAUUUGCAAGACCCAUGUAAACAAGUAGCCAUAUAAGCAGAAUUCAUGUAACCACUAACUUAAAUGUGCAUUUGUCCUUGUCUCCUUAUAUUCAUUGUUGUAAGAUGCAUAGCAAAGGAAACAUCAAAAGUUUAUAAAAAUAACUCUGACUCUAUGCAUUCUUGUUUAUGCCUUUUAGGACCUAGAUAGAAAAUGUUGAGAAAACAUGGGUAGUGGUGUAUAAAUUUUAUUAUAUUUGAAAUAACCCAAGUAAUACUAUUGAAGAACUAAUGAACAGGUAACGUGUUGUAGAAAACCCGUCUUUCAUUGUUUUCUUCUGUGAAGAAUCUGUUGAUUUGUACUAUAUAUUAAGCAUUUACAUUUGGUUUGUUUCAUAGCUGAAAUAUUUAGAUAUGAACAAUUGAGUACAGUAUUGAAAUAUUCAGUGUGCUGGCAUUUGUAGUUUUGAUAAAUCCCGUUGCUGGCAAUGGAGUUGUGCCAGAAAAAUGUGAUUUCUAUUGCAAAAGAUUACCUAGCCAAGGCCUCAAACUCAAGAUAUUACUGAAAAUGUCUUCAAAUAUAGUGAAAACAUCAUAACAUCAAAAAGAAUGAUUCAUUGAACCAGUAAUUUAAACAUACUGGUCUGCUUUGAACUCGUGACCAGCCGGAAUUUUCCUGUGUAAAUUGGCAGCACAAUAAUGAAAGGAUAACCUCAGAUUUUUGAAGACUGCAGUGCAGCUUUCUGAGUGCAGGUGUCACUGCUCUGCCAGUUAUCACUGUUCUUUUCCUUUCUGUUAACUUUUUCUCAGCUUUUUGCUGGGAAAUCAAUGCUGGAACUGAUCUUUUUUCACAGUAAAUAUAAACUAUAGCUCCUUCAUCUACUAUAAAGAAAUGUCUUCAAGAUAUAGAAAUAGGAAAGGAAAAUUCUGGAAAAAAGUAUGCAAUAGGGAAAAUAAUUCAGAAAGAGAGGUUACCUGUUGGAAUUUCUAGUCUUAAUGGUACAGGGUACUUAGGAAGAAAGGGGGUGUGGAAAGAAAAAUAAAUGUAUUACUGACGAUGAGACAAACAAUUGUCAAGUCACUAAAGGCCUAAGAUGGGAAAAUCAGAGGUCCCGUAACUCCAAAUCUGGAUUAUUUUUCUGUAUCCUUCCUGGCCACUUAUAUACCCUAACACAUACAUACAUAUCUACAUACGACUUGAAGGCAAUAGGAGUGUCAUGCAUUAUUUUCUCUAGAUUAGAAAAAUUACUUAUCUAAAUGUGGUUCUGGUACCAGUGCCCUAUAUAUAGGUAACAAUAUAGCACUCUCAGAGUAAACUUGCUUCUCACUCAUUGGGUUAGUAUACAACUGUCUAUAUAAUAUUUCCAUUUUUAUUAUUAGAUUGCGGAAAACUUUUUUCAUUCUUUUGUUAAGAAAAUGGUAACUUGAAAAUGGUGAGAAAAAUUGAAAUAUAUGUGAUAUUUGCAUUAUUAAAACCCUUUGCAGAUCUAAAGUCUCAGGGCUAUACUAUAUACUGGUUAAAGCACUGAAUAAUGUUUGGUUCUAUUUCUACUUGUGAAAUGAGAAUAAUAUUCAACUCACAUGUUUAUCUUGAAUAGAAAAUAAGAAAAUGUAUAUAAAAGUACUUUGUAAACUGUAAAAGUAGUACAAAUGUGAGCUUCUGUUUGUUUAGAAGCAUAAAUGUGGAUUAUGUACAAUUUGAAUUACACAUAAAAUUGUUUUGUGUCUAAUAUUUAAAAUUAGUUUAUUUACACAGUAUAAAUUUAUUAACUUAA